GUUUCUAAUUAAUUGUUCCCUUUUAACAAUACCCACAACCAAAACUCUCUAGAAACAUCAGUAGUUCUUUGCCCUUCUCCAUUCUCCAAAUAUGUGUGUGUACUCUAUCCAGGUAGACCCAGCUUUGCCCUUCUCCAUUCUUCAGGCAUUUAUCACCUGGCCUUCUAGCCUAGAAAGCAGGUUGGCCACUUCAUCAACUUACCAGUGUUGUCUUCCCUAUUAUGAGAGAUGGAAGAAUUUUGCUCACAUGCUAUUUGAAAUAGGAUUGGGAAUUCCUCCAUCAGGAUGAUAUGGUUCAGCCACCUAUCCUUCCAAAACCUGAUAUGUAUACCAUUUCCUGCUGCCAGAUAAGGCCUUUAGUUAUUCUCACUUUAUGUAUGAUAUUUCUCUGUUUCUUAUUCCUAUAUUAUAUAUGCAGAUGAGGUUCUUAAUAGUUUUCCGCCCUUGCUUCUUAUGUGGUUUUCAAACUUAGAAACAAAUUUUGUUGCUUUAAUUUUAAGUUCAUUAAAGUUUUCAGUGUACACUUAGAAAACAAUUCUAUUACAACUUAAAUUUUCUGUAUUCUUAUACUUUCUAUGUUAUGAUUGCGUUAUUGAUCUUAGGCGGAGAUAUCUACGGAGGCUAGUGAGGAAUCUUGCGAGAUUAGUUCAUCAGUCCCGUCAAAAAGAGCUAAAAACAAGCUUCUUUUGGUUUGGAUACUUUCUUGAAAUUGCCUCGUGCUAGUAGAAAUGAAAGGUUAAAAGCGUAAUGUAACGCCCGUAAAAUGAUCGAUGCAGUGCACUCUAGGUCUGGAACUUCAAAUUUGAAGCGACAUAUAGAUACACAAAGAUAAUAGGUCAUCAGCGUGCUUUAUGAACUUAACUGGAGUAAUUAAUAUCAGCAGUGAUUGAUCUAUACUGCUAAAUGAAGCCCUGGUACCAUUGAGAUGUUCAGUUACCAUCUUGAUCUCCAUUAAGUCUCUAACAUUCAUGGUUGAAUUUCUUAUGUAAAGAAAUAAAGAUAGGAUUUUUAACAUGCUUAAGAUCCAAUUUCCUCUUUAAUCAGUUUUUUCUUGAUAAUUUCAGAGAAUUCUGUUUCUUUCUGGACUUUCAGGAAUUGAAUUUAUAUUGGUUGAGAGUGUUCUGUUUUCAGAAUUAAAGGUUCAAUUGAGAUAAGAAGGUCAUCAUUGCUGGGUUCAUUGGGCAUUGUUGAUGGUUGAGGGUUAAGGAUUAAAGUAUUAUGGGUUCUUGUUGUUUGGUUCAUUAGUUAUAUCUGAAAUGAUUGGAUUAAAUCUCAAAUGGACUUACCCAUUUGAAUUUCUUGGCUGCAAAAUGUGUGGUGUUGGUUGUCAUUGCAUAAAACCUAUUGUUUAUAUUUCUAGGAGAUCAUGAAGAGAAAAUGCAAAAAUUCAGCCCAAGCAAUGUUGGAAAGUCUACGAGGACAGCAAGCUGACAAUAAUAGCUCAACUUCCCAAGUUCUGCAGCGGCAAAUUAGUCGUGAUCAACUUGAUGCCCAACCUGAGAAUGAGAACAUAGAAACUCCUAUACUCGGUGAUGGCAACUUAAAUUCUUCUUCAAGCUCUAAUGAAGCUAACUCACAACAGAAAAAGGAGCCCUUAGUUGUCAAUAUUAGAGAUACUUUGACGGGAGAAGUUACAACUCAAAAGAUGCAAGCAGAUCGAGUUUGGAACUUGGAAAGAAAUAAAAAAAAUAAUGGUGGAACUCAAUGGAGAUGGACAAGGAAGUAAUAAUGGUUCAAACUUGCUUGUGAGAUUUCUUGGCAAACUUUCUCAAAAGUCAACAGUUUAUCCCAUAUCGGUUGAGAGAUGGGAUAGGAUGCCAGAUGCGAAAAGCCGCCUACAGUGGAAGCUUAUUGAGGAGAAUUUUGAGUUUGAUUAUGCUGCUGGAAAUAAAUGGGUGAUGCGUACUUUAUGCGAAAGAUGGAGGGCUUAUAAAUAUAAGUUAAGAAACGAGAACCUCUACCCUAACAAAAGUAAGGAAGAGAUACUUGCUAAAACUCCCGAGAACGUGGAUUCUAUUGAUUGUGCUGCUUUUGUGCAUCACUGUAAAGAGGAUAAGGUGAAGGCUCAAAGUGAACAAAAUGCAAGAAAUCGACGUAAACUUAAAGUCCCUCAUGCCGGUGGUAGCAAAAGCAAUGCAAGGAGAGUUCGUCAAAUGGAGAUAAAAUAUGGAAGGCCUGUGUGCCGAAGUGAGGUUGUUUUGUCAACUUUACUAAAAAAGGAUGGCAAUUAUGUGAAUGAAGAAGGGAAGAUUAUAGCUGAUAAAAUAUCAGAGCAUCUAUCUCAAGAUCAAGAACGUGCUGCCACUUUAGGUGUUCCUUUGAAGAUAUUUUCUCAUCCUAAUAACGCCAUUGGAAAAGUAUAUGGAGCUGAACAUUCUGGUCGUGUGCGUGGUUUAGGUGGAAAUGUAUACCCCUCGGCUGCUUUUGGAAUGCCUAGAUGUUCAAUCAGUCAUACGAAUUUUGGUGGUUCUACUAAUAUGUCUCAUCAACGUGUUGAAGACCUAGAGAAACAUGUAGAAACCUUGAAAGAGAAGCUGACUGGAUAUGAGGAGACAAAGGAAAAGCUUGAGGAGACCAAGGAACACCUUGUUGAGACCAAGGAACGGCUUGCGCAAAAUGAGAAUCACUUGGCAACUCUUCAUACGUUUUUACAAGCUAAAUUUGGUAGUGAGUUGCCUAGUUUCAACUUACAUUCUUCUUAGCCUUUUGUGCAUAGUAUAUUUUUGAACCACUAUAUGUGGUGUACCUCUACUUUUUGCAUUUCCAUUACACUAGUAAUUGUGGUAUCUUUUUGGUAUAUUCAAGGCUUGAAACUUAUGUCUUGUUAGUAAGAUAUAUGUAUAUGAUAAGUAGAAUAUUGGAACUUUGAUCUUUAUAGCAAUGAUGAUUUGUGUA